AAUUGUUAAUUGGCUUAAGUCCUCUCGGCCUGCGAAACCUGGUAACAAGUGAUCAUCCCGCCAAAAUGCAAAAUGGCCAAGAUUCCUACUCUGGAAAUUAACUAACAAGGAAGGAUUAAUUUGCGUUAAAAACCCCAGCAAACAUUUAUAUUAUUUUUCACUUUGUCAAAAUGGAGAGAGAUCGAGACCUGGCUGAACAACUACGAACCUGGGCAUUGGACGAAAUGCGAUUUCGACCUCAAGGACGACACGUCAAUGCAAGUGUACCAUCAAAGGACGACUUCAAGAUGUUAUGCCGUGGAGCAAUGGUGGAUGUUUGGAAGUAUGUUUUACAGCAUGUCAGGUCUACAAGAACUGUGCAGAAGAUCCAUGGGAAUUUGAAGUUACAAAAACUGAUCCAUGAACAGGCAGCUCCUGUAGUUGAUAAAGCAGAGGACAGUGAAAGAGGAGAUGUCAAGGGGAAACAUUCUCUGUUAACUAAGGAGCUUUUGGAAGUCAGAAGUAAAGUGCAACAUCUGGAAAAAGAAAUGAGGGCCUUGCAGAAGGAGAUUCUUGAGGCUGAGGAGGCAUAUUCUGACACUACCCAGGAAAUUUCUGAUCUAAUGAAAAGAACUACUUUGCUGAGCAUCCAUUCCAAGCAGUGCAAACUGUUGGUAGAGUUGUACACAAGCCUUGCUAAACAGAUUAAUGAUAAGAGUACAAUUUACAAGGAUAUUGCAAGAAAAAAAUCAGCUGAUCCUACAUAUUAUACAUCACAAGGAAUCAUAACUGGGAGAAAGGAAACCUUUACUGCCACUGAUGGGCGAUCAACUCCUACAGGAUUAGAAUCAGCUUCGACGCGAUCAGUUAGGGAAUCUUGUGAAAGAAUUGGAUCAUUUUUACACGAUAUCUGUAAGGCAGAUGAAGAGAAUGGAAGGGUUGAGGAUGCAAGUCAGAGAGAGAUAAAAGAUCAAUUAUGGACUGGAGUAGAGAAUGCCUUGUCUCAACACAUGGCAAAAGAUGUUCUUACAUCUUUGUGUCGAGUAGCCCAGGACUCUGCAGUCAGCCUGCGGGAAUUGUCUGUGAGAAUUGACCUAAAGAAAGAUGCUCAAGAACUCAAGUUUAAAUAUGAAAACUGUGGCAAACUUACAGACACUUCAUCGCCACCUUCUUUGCUUCAAAGUGUUCACCAAUUAAUAGAGAAAGGUCAAGCUGCCCAUUUUCAAAGGUUUGUUGAAUCUGAAAGAGGACUCAAUGAAGCCUGGCGAGGAAGACAAAGACUUCAAACUCUCCAGCAACAGUUGGAGGCUAAUUUUGUGGCCAGAUACCAAGACUCUCCUGGAAAUAUUGAACUGGCAAGAGUUUUGCUUCACAAUGAAUUAGAGCUGGCAGCAUCAAAAGCCUCCUUGGAUUACAUGAAGGCAGCGAUGGCCGAACUGGCCGCGUGUAGAAAUGAAAGGCAAAGGGCCAAGGAAAUCUUGAUCAUGAAACACAAAAAGAUACAAGACUUUGAAAGACUAGCUCAAACCAAACAGGCUAUGAUCCAAGCUCUUGUCAAACAAAAUUCAAACGCCAGAACAAGGAUCGAGAAGCAAAAACAUGAGCUCCUCCAGUACAUACAGCAAAAAAUCUGCUCGCACGAGGCACACGUAGUUGCCAUGACAAAACAACUACAGAACAGUACUGCACGUGAGGUGGAUAAGUUUUCUGCCCUACCGUUGGAUCAAGUUCAUUAUUCUGGAGUGGACAGUGCCAGAAGAGUCCCAAUCAGUGAAUUAUCAAUAAACCGCUUGGAGAAUUUCACCACCAAUGCAGGAGGAACAACAAUCAGAGCUGUUUUAGACAGUUUGGAUUUUCCAAUGUAUAAGAAGAACUGCUUCCAACAGCUAUGAAUCUGAAAGAGAAAGUUGACGACGCUAAGAUUCUGGCACAAUCACGUGAUAGCAUGUUUUCUGAAGUCAACGGCGACAGGUCGUGUGAUAGGAUGGUUGUGCAUUUGAACGGCUUGAGGAGAGAAGUUGCCGAACAAGACCGCGCACAACUUGAUUACAUUAUGCCACUGAUACAGAACGGGCUCAACAAAACCACCAAAGCUUUGUCAGACUGUAUCUCUGUCAAGGACGUUGUAAGCUCAUGGUGGGAGCAACCAGCUCAGUUUGUUGUACCGUGGGUGAAGUUGGAUGACAUGAACAUGAGACAGUGGACAGACCAGUGGACAUUGUGCGCCACUCGUUUGAGACAACUACAGAUGAGUCACUGACAGAGGGGCUUGCGGUCGUGACGGACUGGAAUCUCGUAUGCUUUUUAUUUCAUAAAUGUAUUUUGGACAAAGUAAAUAGUUAAACUUAAAGGACAGCUUUACCUUAAAAAACACAGACAAUAACAAAACACCCACAAAUGAAACAAAAAAAAUCGGGCCACAGCGGAAAUUAAAAUCCAGGCCAAAGUGUGAAAUUCGGUUUUGUCAUCCAGUCUGAUACAGGACCAAAGAAACUAUAAACGUGAUUUAUUAGAAAUGACCUCUACGUUUUAAGAUAGCUGAAAUAGCUUCCUGUGUUGAAAUAAAAUGGCAAUAAGGGAAAUCAUCUAGUUCAUGAUCCUUCUUCAGGAUUCAUUUCAUUUCAAACGUUUGUGAAUCUUGAAAACAUUUUGACAUUUUUUGUCAAAAUUUCAUCUUCUCAGUCUUUCCUAAUUUUUCUUCCUCUGCUAUCUUUGUAUACUCAUAUUUUGUAUAUUGUUUCCUUCAAAAUGAAGGUAACAUUGUUUUUCGCCAAACAAAACACUCAGAAUACGGUGGCUCGGCUCUUGUUACUCGUAAAGAGUCGUGGAAAGUCAGGAAAUGCUUUUACGAAGCAUGUCGUGGAAAAUCAGUACCAUAAACAGUCACAAUAAGUGCAAGAGUAUUAUUCACGGAUGCAGCCUUUUUAAACUUUCGUCGGUUUGUCAAUUCGGGGUGUGUUGCGAUGGUCUUCCAACAACCGAAUCCAUCAUAAGAGAUCGAUAAUUCGCUCGGUGCAAGUCAAUUUUCUCCUGAAAUGCGACACCUUGUUUCAAAAAGGUGGGUUGUACGAAAAACGUGUUUAUCUGCCCCAGUCGUAAUCCCGCCUAAAUACAGUUGCCUGUACCUGAGUCUUCUUCGCCUCUAUCCGUCUAGACUGAAAGAGCAAGCGGGAAAUUUGAAGCACCACUUAUUGUGCUCGUUGAUGAUAACCCUCGGAGACAGGUCGACAACUUUUUCUUCAUUAGGUGGGCUUGUAAUACAGCCGUCCUGCAGACAGCUAACGGAUUUCCUUUGCCCCACGGCGAUGUGUGCUGGGAGGUUUCGAAGUGCUUUAUUGAAGUGUUGACGAAGGAAAACCCGGCACUUAAAAAAUUGCAUUGUUACUACGGCUCUGUAGUUUUAUUGAUAUUGAAUGUUAGUGGCAUUUGAUCUCUCGGCCAUGAAACCUUACUACAGCUACAAUCUUAGAGCAUGUCGUCAAAUUUUAUUCAAGUUUUUCGUGGUCAUCUUUUUAUUUUUGGGAGGGCUAUUUUAUUCAUUUUCCCCCUUAAACAUCUUUGGUCCUUGUAGGUAUUUUGAUUAUUUAUUUUGUAUUUCUAGUAAUUUUUUGAAAAGAAUGUGCUGUGUAGAAAGAAGACUCGGAAUGUCCUUGGAUCAUGCAUUCAAGCUGGGUCGAAUUUCAGUUGUUCACUGUUAGAGGUGCUUUAUCAGUACUUCAGAGAUCCAAUUAUUGAUGUUUUUUUUUUCACAAAAAUAUGGAGGACUUAAAACCCUCUUGUGUUGGACCAAAGCAAAAGGAAAGAUUAAUGACCUCGCCUUUGUUAGUUAUGCUUCGUUCGUAAUGGGUUUCUUUCGUUCGUAAAGCAGGUCAAAGUACUUGAUACAAUUAUCUCUGAUUUCCUGUUUAUGAAUUCUCGGACUUGUUUUGUCAAGCAACCACUUCCAAGACGUUUUCUUUAGAACUCUCUUCCCAAUUUUUGGGCCGUUUUGCGUUUUAAUGUAGGAUACAGAAAUGUUUCCCAUUUCCACAUCCAUGAAACCAUAACCGUCGUGCUUCCAGCAGUGUCCAAGAAGUAAUUUCCUCUCAGAAUAAUAAGACAUGUUUGCGCAGAAAGUUGAAUGAGACAAAAGGAAAAUACCGACCAUACGCCAAAUGAUAAGAAAUAACCUCAUGGCAGAUAAUGCAGACAAUUUAUAUUUAGAUCUUGGAUGGGAGUGCAAAGUUUCAUUGCGUACUUGACUUUUGUCUCCGAGAUGAAGAGCAGUUCAUUUCAUGUUAGCGAGAGCCAGGAGCUCGGAAGAUGCUUAAUUCUGUCAUACCUGUUUCGACCUGUUAGCUCUUCCUUCUUCAAUCGGCCUGAUUCGCGAAUGUAAAUGAAUUUGACUUUUUACUUCUACACGGUUGGAAUUUAAGGAGCUUCCAAUUCGUUAAACAAAAGCAGAAUUGUGUUUCGAAAUUUUACUGGAUUUGUUGAUUAAGAUCCGUGAUAUAACUAUUGUUUUCAGAUAUCGUAUAGAAGCCUUUACUCUCCUGUAUCGAUGUACAUCAAAGCUAAUAGCACAAAUGACUCUUAUGUCAGACAAGAGAUUCCGGUUGGGCACCCGUGCGGAUAUCCGCACUCAUUACAAAGCAAACAGACACCGCCCUUAAGAUAGUCACGUUCUUCUUUUUCUAACAUAGAAUUUGAUGCGUGUAAUGGCUCAUGAAAAAAGGAAAUGCCACAGGCAACCCAGACAAUGAAGUUUUUGGCAACAUCUUCUGAAUGGAUGUUGUGAUACUCAUGAACCGAUAGACGACUUUCGAAAGCUACUAACGCGAUAUUUGAUUUCGAGCAAACCCUUUGUAGAGAACUGCAUCCCGGCCAUGAAACGUGCUGAUGACUAAAUUUUGCGAACAAGUAACAGUAGGAUUAGUAGGUUUGAUUCAAGGUUAGUAUGUCGCUUUCGAAUAAACCAGUUCAUGUUUGGAUGGAUUUUAGAGCUAGUUUGACCAUGUGCUCAUACUUUGUCAAAAGCACAGUGCACGUACUCGCCAUUGAAAGACCUCCAAGCCGGUUCUAACCGACAUCAAAUAGCGUAAAUCUACGUAGAGAUAAAAGGCACACUGCAUUGCCAAAUACUUGUAACCUCAUCAUCUAAAUCAGGAAGGCCGUUACUUUCUUUUUCAUUGUAUAAUUAUAUUCGACUUCUUUCCGUUUGAAAAAAAUCAAAUCAGUUUUAUGGGUAUUAUUUAGCCAUUUUCACAGUUGCGGCUAACUCUUACGCGGAGGUUGUAAUCAAUAGGUCUUCACACUUCGGUUUGUGAAUCUGGUUUUCAAAUAUACACCAUAGAACCUGUUUAGAAAACAUGGACAAGUUUCUUAGGAAUUUUUUUGACCGUUGUAAAAUUUCAUCUUGAGGUUGCCUUUUAAAAUAGCAACGGUGACAUACUCCGGCAGGCCAACAACUUGAAAACGAGAAUACUUAGCAUAUUUUUGAAACUCUGUCAUCAUUUGGCAUUUUUUUGUACAAGAAAUAUCUGCUGUGGAUAUUGGUAUUUUAAUUCCCUGAAAAUGGAAGAGGACACACUUUUACCAUUCAAGUGAGAGACGAAAAAUAAAGCUUAACUUCAGACCUCUUGUGGUGGUUUUUUUAAGGGUUUUGCUUUCGCCCCAGGCUGGAGUUUAUUUUUAAUGUUCGUUAAACUUUAUCGUCAUUUUGAAAUAAAAUUUAGAUGCAUCGCUUCAAAAUAGUUCCGCAUUGCUUCCUCAAGUGAACUGAAGCAAAAGAGCUCGCAAAUUCAGUGUUAUCAACCACUAACGAAUCUUUAGCACGUCGUUCGCGUCAAACCGUCGGACAAGCAGAAAUCACAGCUCUCAAGUUCGUCCUCCUCGAGCGUUUUUAUUUAUGCCGGUUUUUGAAAUUUCAAAACGAUAACUUUUCUGCUAGCGUCAAAUAUUUUCACUAAACCAUACCCUUCAGGCCGGUUGUGAGAGAGGACCUUCAAGGAACUUUGCGUCAAAACAGGAAGCCGCCGGAUUUUAGCCAAGAAUCACUUAUUUUUCAGGAUUUAAGGUCAAAUUGAAAAAUUGACAACCUUACAUUUAAUAUACAUUUUCAUGCCAACAAAAUGAUUCAUGGAUGACUAAAGAUCGAGUUAUGUGUGGAAACGUUAGGCAGCUCAAAAAGAAAGAUCAUUGACAUUCCUUUGAAAAUCAAUGCAACAAUUAUGCAACCGCUAAUCAAUAUCUCACUUUCUCGUAUCUUAUUGCGGUUUUUCUUGGGUCCAAAGUAGUUUGCUCUGACUAAAAAUAACACCAAAUAAAUGAAAGACCAUUAUUCGAUUGUUCGAUUGAAUAAUUCCUUGAUCAAGUGCAGUUCGACCUUCGACGCGCGUAUUUUCUUUCGGCAAUUUUGGUUUAAGAUUUACACUUCCAAGUUUUGUUUUGUGAUGUAACCGAAAUUUCCGUUGAAUCGCGUGAGCAAGUUCUUCCGUAUGUGGCUGAUAUAUGAGCGCACGUUCUUGUUGCUCGUUUGAAAGGGUUGCCGCUGUAUUGGCCCUUAAUUAAAGGGUGUAUUAUGAGGAUCUCAGCCACGGUACUUGCAUCUUAAAACGCUUAACCUGCGUUCUUUAAUCCCUUCCUUUACUAUCCGUAUCAAUCUCCUGCAUGAUCCGUAACCAUUCUCGAUCCGUCUUUUUACCGGUUCCUACUCCUCUUGUGAGUGUGCGUCAGUAUAUGUGUGUGUUUUUUAUUUCCCCGGCAGUUUUCUAUGAAACGUAAAGAGUUGUAGAGUAGCGGAGAGAAGGAUAUAAAAUUACGAUGGUUUCGCAUCACAGUUUAGCUCGCAUUUAAGAUCUCUCGGAAGUAGGGGACUUAUAAAAGUUAAGACGUACUGGUAAGCUGCUCUUGUGCAUACCUUAUAAAGGUGUAGAUGAGAAUCGGCUUUGUGAUAGAAUCUGUAACAAUGUUACAUUUAAAUCGAGUGUUUAUACAAGACUAUGAACUCGUUGUUCUCACUCUUUCAUUGUGGGUGAGGGUGUAGUAAAGCUUUGAUUCCAAACCAUUUAUUUUUACUUUGAGCUGUUCGCUUAACACCUAUUUCUCAGGGAUUCAAAAAUGGGAGAAAAAUGCGGAAUAGAAGCGUGUCAAUGACCUUGAAAUAUGCGACAUGGAAUAUCUUUCAGACUUCUGUAGUCCUCUACAUUUAUUGAACAUAGCAUGCUUGUGUUCUCUCACUCGUGGUACUCUUUCUCCUCUUCUCUAAGCUUUCAUUCGACCGGAGUCACUCCCCAAAGUCACGGACUUCAACUCUGUUUAAAAAACAUGGAGCCACGCCUUCCACGCAAGCUGAUUUUCGUCCCCUGGUUGUAAUCAUAAAAUGCUUUCACAUCACGCUACACCGACGAGUAAGGAACAAAAUUCACUGGAGGCCCCUUAUCUAAAUAAAUUGCAAGUUCUCUUUAGCUAAAUUUAAAUUUGAAAUAUUCAUUAGAUCGUUUUAACAUGUACAUGUGAAGGUUACAUUCAAUAGCUCACCUCGAAUUUCCUGUUUGGGCUUCUAUUUUUAUGAAAGGAAAUUCGCUUCAGUAACUCUUGGUUGACGCACUUUUAAAUUGCGUAUCACCGGUCAGGUGACUCAUGAAUACGUCAUGUCGGUCCAAAGGAAAGACUUGAGGGGCAGUGAAAAGAGAACAAAGAAAUGUUUCAUGGAGGUCGAAAAGUACUUGAUAUCAGUGCCCAAAGGAGGCAUAGAAGUGUUAAAAUGUGUUUGCUCAAUCCUGCAAGUCUGGCGUAUCUUAGGCUCUGAAUUAUAAACGUUCUUGUGGAAAACCAAACAAAAUGUAUUAGUACGUGCCGGUCGUACUACACAACCUGUGGUAACCAUGGUGAUCGAUGCUGACUAACCGGAUGAUUACACAUACGCAGGCUCAUACAUCACUCUCCUUUCAUAGAAAGCACUCUAACAUUAGCAGCUCAACGGUGAAUCUUGGAGACUGAAUCGAGGAUUAAAAAACUAGCUUGAAAACCCGACUGCUGAGAGAAAGGAAGGCGGAUUCUGAUCUUGUCUUGUUACAGCGUGUGAAGGAGAUAUAAAACUUUCCUUCAGCAAGGAAACCAUAGCGUGAAGACCCGGAAAUCCGUUCAGUGAAUACUGCCUGUCCCAACCACCAGCUAGAAAGUACCACCUUUCGCUGAGCAGCUCUUCUUAUUGCUCACUAUCAUUUGCAGUUGCAAACUUAAAACCGCUUAACAUGCCCAUAGUUUUAGUGUAAGUGAAUUACUUGUUACCAUUGCAUGCCUUACCUUGAGAUCCGGACUGAAGGAGAAUGUAAAGGGGUGUUUGACUUAGUUUCUUUCUUGAAAGUCAUCUUACCGUUUGCAUCUGGCACCGCCCAAAUGGAGACUCUCUUUUUACUGAAGUUAACGUAGGAGCUUUUGUUUAGAUGGGGUUUCUCCGGGCAAGUAAGUAAGAAGAGGAAGUUGGAGUUGUAUGCCCAUCCACAUAAAAGGAAAUGUUACAUUUCAAUUGAAUGAACUGGUCAUGUUCUUUUCUCCGGUUUGAUAAAAAGGAAAACAAAACAAAUGUAAUUCCUAAUUGCAAAAAAGGCUCCGUUUUAAUCUGGUUGAUGGGUUCGAUGGUUUUUGAUGAUUCACGGUGACCGCACUGAAAAAAAGAAAAAUGUUUGGUUCCGUCUUCUUUUGACUUGCUUGCUGCAGAAAUGGAACUGUUCUGUUUUGCCUUUUUUAGUUAACCUCUUGGCUGUUUGUUUGUUUGUUUUCUGUUACAAUAAAUGGAGGACCAUGCUGUCAAUUGCGUAACUAAAGUGGAUUUAAAAAAAAUUCGGAAAGCUUUUAAAGAUGGCUUGUCCAGUGUGGCGCUAGAACCAGUCGACCCAUAAUGCUAAAUGGGAGUUAGUCAACCUCAUUAUAACGAUACUUCCCUAUCUCGUCCGUGUCAUAAAAAAAACUAAGAACGUUCUAGACUGAACAGAGGUGGUAUAAUCACAAACAAACAGCCAAGCUGGUGAUUAAAAUGCUUUUCUCCGGUUUAAAAGUAGCUCAUUAUUAGGAAAAAGUCAUGAAAAAAUUUUUGCACAUUUGUGAAUGGCAAUCGAGUAAGAUGUACGUUCCAUUCUGUCCUAUUUCACACUCAAGAUCCAAAUAGUAACUCUCCUUACUGUCUGCCUCAUGCAACGUUAUUUUCGAGCAUUUGGCCUUGGAUCUCAUAAUAAUACCCCAAGCGUUAUAUUUCCUUAUGAUUCUCAUCACCUUACGGCUUGAUAUUGUAUUGAUAUUGGAAAGAGAAAUCAUGUCUUGGUCAUUCCUGGGCGUGGAAGGGUGAAAGCAGUUAACGAUAUUUAUAGUCUGCAAUGUACAAUGAGAGUUAGUUCGUAUCUUUGACAUGGCAGUCUUCACUUUCAGAACUCAGAAUAAACUCGUUGCAUGUUUCAA